CCACCUACUCCCCCACGCACUCGACUCCCUGCUGCUCCCCACGCACCCUGCCCACCAUGGAGGGUCGCCCCGCCACGCUGCCCAUCAUCGUCCUGGAGCCGGCCGCGGCAGUGGGAGGCUCCGACCCCGCCGCCGCCGCCAAGGCGCCCAAGCACCUGUGGCGGCAGGCGGCGCGCGUGCCCAUGCGCGUCACCCGGCGCGGCAACUCGGACACGGGGCCCGAACGGGGCCCGCGCCGCGUGCCCAUGGAGCGCGGCCUCGCCGUGGAGGGCCUCCCGGGCAGCGGCGGCGGCGGGGGGCCCGCGCGCCCGGGACUCGCCGGGGCGCGCAAGUCGUGGCCCUCGUCUCUGCAGUGCCCCCCGCUCACCAGAUUCGCCACAGAGGAAUCGGUGACACCAGGUGACCUGGGAGGGUCCACGACUUCACUCUCCUUCUCUCACCACCACCAUUUCGACGUGGAGAAUGGCGUGUCGGGAGGCCGCAGCCCUCUGGACGCGCAGGCGAGCCCAGGCUCGGGCCUGGUGCUGCACUCGGCGAUGCCGCACGGCGCGCGGCGCGAGAGCUUCCUCUACCGCUCCGACAGCGACUACGAGCUCUCGCCCAAGUCGGUGUCGCGCAACUCCUCCAUCGCCAGCGACGUGCAUGGCGACGAUCUCAUCGUCACCCCGUUUGCCCAGGUGCUGGCCAGCCUGCGCAGCGUCCGCAACAACUUCUCGGCCCUCACAAACCUGCAGGGAGCACCCAGCCGCCGGUCUCCAGCUGGGAAUCAGACCUCCUAUCCCCGAGCAGCCCCUUCCGAUGAGGGCUACCAGAAGCUGGCGUUGGAGACGAUGGAGGAGCUCGACUGGUGCCUGGACCAGCUGGAGGCCGUGCAGACGCACCGCUCUGUCAGCGAGAUGGCCUCCAACAAGUUCAAGCGAAUGCUGAACCGGGAGCUGAGUCACCUGUCGGAGAUGAGUCGCUCGGGGAACCAGGUCUCCGAGUUCAUAUCCAGCACCUUUAUGGACAAGCAGCACGACAUGGAGGUGCCCUCAGCCGGUCACAAGGAGAAGGAGCGCCAGCGGCGCCCCCUCGCGUCGGGGGGCGGCGUGGCGAUGGUGGGGGGGGCGGCCCCCGCCGUGCCGUCGCAGCUCGCGGCCGGCGUGUCGCACAUCAGCGGGGUGCAGCGCUUGCUGCACGGCGCUGCGCUGCUGCAGAGGGCGAGCAUCCCGCGUUACGGGGUGCCCACCCAGCACGAGGAGCUGCUCGCCAAGGAGCUGGAGGACAUCAACAAAUGGGGCAUCAACAUCUUCCGCAUCGCCGAGCUGUCCAACAACCGGCCACUCACCGUGCUCAUGUACACCAUUUUCCAGGAGCGAGAGCUGCUCAAGACGUUCCAGAUCCCGGCGGACACGUUCGUCACAUACAUGAUGACGCUGGAGGACCACUACCAUGCCGGCGUGGCCUACCACAACAGCCUGCACGCCGCCGACGUGGCGCAGUCCACGCACGUGCUGCUUGCGUCGCCCGCGCUCGACCAGGCUGUGUUCACGGACCUUGAGAUCCUGGCGGCCAUCUUCGCAAGCGCCAUUCACGAUGUCGACCACCCUGGCGUCUCCAACCAGUUCCUCAUCAGCACCAACUCGGAGCUGGCGCUGAUGUACAAUGACGAGUCGGUGCUGGAGAACCACCACCUGGCCGUGGGCUUCAAGCUGCUGCAGGAGGACAACUGCGACAUCUUCCAGAACCUGGGCAAGAAGCAGCGGCAGACGCUGCGCAAGAUGGUCAUCGACAUGGUCCUGGCCACGGACAUGUCGAAGCACAUGAAUCUUCUGGGCGACCUCAAAACAACCGUGGAGACGAAGAAGGUGACGUCUUCUGGUGUCCUGCUGCUCGACAAUUACACGGACCGUAUACAGGUGUUGCAGAAUAUGGUUCACUGUGCCGACCUAAGCAACCCCACGAAGCCCCUGGGUCUUUACCGCCAGUGGACGGAGCGCAUCAUGGAGGAGUUCUUCCAGCAGGGCGACCGGGAGCGCGAGCGCGGCAUCGACAUCAGCCCCAUGUGCGACCGCCACUCGGCCUCCGUGGAGAAGUCGCAGGUGGGCUUCAUCGACUACAUCGUGCACCCGCUAUGGGAGACGUGGGCCGACCUGGUGCAGCCUGACGCCCAGGAGAUGCUGGACACGCUAGAGGAGAACCGCGACUUCUACCAGAGCACCAUCCCCAGCAGCCCGUCGCCUCCGCCCGAUGAGGGCACGCCCACGCCGCACGGCCUGAGCCCCUCGCCGUCUCCCGGCUGCCACGGGGGAGACGCCGGCAGCGGCGGCGCCGACGUUGACGCCACCGAUGCCGGAUCCGCCAAUGCGCAUGGCGCGUCUGGCCUGCGCCCGCCCGAGUCGCAUUUCCACUUCGAGCUCACGCUGGAGGACGAGGCGGGGCCCGCGGCCAUGCGUUCCAAGGGCCCGUCGGCCUUCGACCCCGACGCCGGCCGACUGGUCGGCAGCGGUGUUGGCUGCUGCUGCCUGCAGAGCGGACGAAGGUGUCGCUACGGUGAUGGAGAGCACGGCUGCGGACACGAAAAUUGCCUUGCCCUGGUUCCCAGAGUGGAUGACAAUUACCGCGAUGAUAACGAAGAUGACGACGAUGACGACGACGACGAUGCACGGACGUUACGGGCGCAGGAUUCUGAGUCGCAUGACGUGGGAUUCGGGGAUUCGGACGAUGGGUCAUUUAACCACGGCUGAAAUCCGCAUGCGGCCCGAGCAACACAAGACUUUACGGAAAAAAUAAUAGUGAAAUUUUCUUUUUUUCCACGAGCUUUUCAUUUGCACUUUGGGAAAAAUGUUGCCCCCAGUGAAUGUUACGGAUAAAUUAAGACGAUACUCUGUCGUGGUGCAACUGCAAAACGCAUCGACGCAGGGGUACGGGGGGGGGGGGGGGGAGACGAGGCAACGGCACGGGGGAGUGGCGACCGCGCCGCUAUCCAAACGCUUCACCCUCACCGCACGGGAUGCAGCGCGGCCAUGGGGCGCCACACAGCAAUACGAGUCGAGCACCUCCCUAUCGGCGCUUGCCACCGACGCGGAACACGGAGCGCUCUGCUCGACUCCUUCCCACUCCCCCCCCCCCCCCCACCGGAACGACUCGCGUAAAAUGCUGGAUCUGCCUCCCGCCCCCGCCUUUCCCAUGGGCCUCCCUUCAAGCACCGCGUUUGCCUGGCGCAGCACGUUCACGCGGGUGGCAGCAGCGGAAAGCAUUUCUCGGCCUGACGCACGCGCACGGCCAACGGGCCGGGCGUCACCUCCGCAAAACCAGCCUCACCAGUUUUGGACUAGCGAGGAACCCCACUUGCAAUUUAGCCUAAACGGGAGCCCGCGGUGCCCAUCCGUGGGCUACUGCCGGCAUACUCUUCUGGCCUCUCCCGGGAUUGGCCCAACCGAUUUGAGGUACGGCAGACGGGUCCGAUCGAUGCAAGCGGCGCUUAACGGUCCGGAGAGUGUUUUACCGCUGCCCUCCACUUGCCUUGGCCUGGUCUUGCAGACCGCUAGCAAACGCUGACAUUGUACCUUUAAAAAAAAAGAAUCCAGCCUGAGGGAAGCAGCGCACAAAUCCGGCAGCAACACACACGGAGCCCCGUCAGCGGAGCGGAGGAGACGAAAAUCAAAAGAAGCGGAAACAUCGCCACACAACAAAAUAUUUCUGGGUGUUAGGUUUAUGAGAGCCAGGUGUUUGCGAGCACUCGUGUACCGAUAAAUACUCCUCUACUUGCACGAAUAACUGUCACAGUGAACGCACCUCAUAAUAACCCAGCCCCGGUGAGCGUGCAAAGUGAGUCGAUGACUAUAGAAGAGCAUAGAAUAUGGUAUAAUAAUAUUAAUAAGUUGCCUAACAUGUUAACCCUGCAGAAAUAUUUUGUUCGAUGGUAAAAUGUUUUAUCUUCCGUAACUUAAUCUCAUUUCAAUGAAGGAGAUGAACAGAGAAACUGUGAUUGCCUGAAUCUCAAGGUUAAAGGGUCACUGAGGGUUAAAGGUCACUUGAGGUCGUGGUGAACACGCCUCGUGACAUAUUUUCACGCGUUAGUUAUUUUCUAAUUAAUAUUUUUUAAUGUUAUUUUAAUGUUAAACGUAUAAUUUAAAUAAAGAUUUAAAUGCUGUUGUGUAUCGUAAAAAAACUCCAAAAAUGUACAUAGGGUACAUACAUAAAGUACUUAAUAGGGUAACAUGCACACACACAUAUAUAUAAAGAGACUAUAUAUGUAUUGUAUAGAUUAUCAUAGCGUGUAUCUACGGUACGAGUUAGCCUCUUGAGAGUGGACACAGUGAACCGUGCUGAUGUAGUCACUUUCCCAGUGCUUCCUGUUGUAGCUGUGGGUGCAUGCGAGGGCGUGUGCUGGGGGACCCUGCGAUUGGGUCGUCUCUGAGCUCUUUGGCCGACCACGGUGUAACUCUGAAGCGCGACGGUGGGGCUUGCGCAUGCUGAACGAACGCGGGGCAUGACGCGUAGCGACCGACCCGCACCCCAUUCCUGCGGCACGCUUUGCUUUCGUUCCUCCGCGGCCGGGUCGCAGUCCUGCCCCCAGGCCUGCUGCUCUUGUCCGCCUGGGCGGGUAAACCGGGCACGAGGAAGGUGAGGUCGUCUCAGCCAGGUCGUAGUGGUGGUGGUGGAAGUUGUGGCGAUGGUGCUCAUUGUGAUCUAGUCACUCGGAUGUAGGGAUGGUGAGUUGCACAGAGAUGGAGCCAUCACAUUGGUGGGCUCUGCAGGACAGUGCUUGCGGGCGCAGCACACCAAGUAAUUUGCUCGCUCACUGCUGUGCCAUUUGAUAUUUAAUCCGUCCUAACUAUUGGUUUCUUUGGGCCAUCUGGUUUGCUCCCACAUUCGAAAAGUGCUCGCAUAAACAAUUCACCAAGCAAUCCUAAACGAGUUCCCCGCUGAGAGCAAGUGUUAUUUCCGCGAAGGCUUUUCGGGGUCAAUGUAGAAACUGGUUAGGUACCAGCGCCUUGGCACUUAACAUUAAUGUCAUCAGCAAGAAACUGAGAUUAGAAUGAACAUCGGGGUCAUUUAAACAGUAUGUUUUGACUUGGAGCUUGUGAGUUGGAGCACCGUUUAAGUAGAGAAUUGAUGAUGCCGGGAGACAUCUCGGUGGGUAGCGCCACAGGGUCUCCUCGUCGGCUCAUCACCACCGCCGCCGCCAUAACCUCCCUCUGUGUGGCCCGUAGCAUCAGCGCCAUCCGGUGUUGGGGGGAAAAGUCAACAGGAGUUGUGCAAUAGUCAAUCUGGUCCCUUGGCGUAGGCUUGUGGAAUGCCCUCCACUGGCUCUGAGCUACCACAGGAGAUGAGCACGAACCUCCUUUGAACGCAAGGGCCCCGACUCGCAUUUAUUCCAGUUUGGUGAAAUAAUCGACGACGCCAGGGUCAUAGUCAUGUCGCAUUGGAAAUUGGCGAUACCAGAAGUAACAUUCUCCACGAGUCUCUGCACAAAUACCGACUCCGUCUGAAUGUUUGAAAAGUUAAGAAAACGUCCCGAAUUCCUGGCGUCUCACUGCACCACAUGGUGCGGGGAAGGCCACUCUCAACGUGCAGUACUUCAAGUGGACGUGGCGUGACAUGGUGAUUGGGUUGGCUCUGUGGCGCGAGUGGCUGCUGUUCUGAUGAUUUGAUUGUUAAUCUUGUGAGAGAUUUGCACAGGAGGCUGGGUCACUCUAAUAAUUGGCACUAAACCUGGGACCGGUGUUGUUUAAUUCAACCGAAAAUUAGAAAUCAGCUGCCAAAAUAAUGAUUCAUGGUUAUUUGGAUCAUGUUUCAACGCACAUCCACGUCACAGUUUAGGUUGUUCUGGUUGUGUUGAUCCGGUAGUGGUGGUGGUGGUGGAGGGUCUUAGGGCAGAUGUUUGACCAAACCAUCACCUCCGAACGAUCCUGUUCAUCGCAGGAUUGUAAAUCUUUAGCCCCGUGGUCGUGUAAAGAUUGAAUUCGACGCGACGUGAUCCCAAAGGGACGCGGGCGGCCUCGUGGUCACCAGAGGGCUGACCCCCAAACAUGCUGUCGGACGAUGUUCCAACGACUUAGGCCAAACAACCGUGGAGCGGUUGCCACCAUCUGGAAACAAACCGGGAGCCGAAAUGGAAGCAGUUCGGAACAAAAACAAACAAGAACUGUAGCUGACAACCCGGAAACUAAAUUUUAUGCAAAUCUCAACAAAUUCACUGGCACGAGGAACAAAAUAUCGGAGGGUUUAAAUGACGUUGGCGGAGAGAGUCGUCGGAGCGCACGACGCUGCCGUGUGGCGGCUCGGAGAAGCGGCUGUGCGGGUUCGCCGCAGGGCUUGUGGGAACGGAGUCGCACGUGGCCUCUGGAGCCGGCCUCCCCGGUGUGCAGCGCUCAGGGCAGGCGUCGCGGAAUUCAAGAGGCUGAUAGAGGGUACCGCUUACGAGAACGAGAUUGAGUCUUCCGUGGGCAGAACGCCCCCCCGCCCCCCCCCGUGCCGUUUGGCUGGGUGUUCGGUUACCGCGCGUGUAACUGUGGAGCGUGUCGGCGCUGGUUUGAGUAUCGGUGGUUGUGUAUGCAAGUGAGAGUUGAAAAGGUGAUUGCACGCGCGUGCGUACCUGUGGCGAUGGUGGUUUGUGUCUGGGGUGGUUUUGUCUGAGUUUUGGGUGUGUUGCCUGCGCGCACGUACGCGUGUGUGUAUUUGUUAGUGGGUGUGCAAGGGGUGAUACGAGAGCGCAGUGUUCUGUGCCGUGCUCCCAGUGACCCAGGUUCAUAAACUGCCCAUGCACAACAGCAGUGAUAAGUGAUCUCGGAACCUGGCCUCGGCCCCCCUUUUGUCAAGUCGGUCUGAAAUUAGUGGUGCAGUGUACCAUCAAACCGUGGGGAAACAAAGGCGGAGUAAUUAUUGUUGACCCCAUCAGUGCGCCCGCCGCCUUACAGCACUUCACCUACCACGUCUACCGGCGACACGGAGAGACCUGCGGUGUCAGCGCGAGUCUGUGUCAUGGGCUCCUCGUGUGCGUGCGAGACUGUGAGCUGCGUGUGGCUGCAGUUGUCGGUGUCCGUUUGGGUGUGCACACGUGAUUUGUGCAAGAGCGUUUUCAGUUCGUUUGCCUAUAUUCGUGUCCCAUCUGUUGCGUGCGUUUUUGUCUGUCUCUGCAAGUGCGUGCGUGUGUGCAUGUAUGCGUGCAUAAGUGUGCGUGUGCGCGUGAGUGUGCGCGAAUGUAUGUGUGCGAGCAUGUGCGUGCGUGUGUGAGUGCGUGUGUGUGCGAGUCCCCGUGCGUGCGCAGUCUGACGCCACCACCCCAGAGUCCUCAUGGCAGCGGCCACCACUUGGGGCAGAGUCCGAGAGCUGCGCGCGGAUGCCGUCCCGUGCGAGUCGAGCAAUUCGAGCGAGUUGUGCGCUGAGAGAUGGAAACGCCACAAUAACGAUUCGCCGCGUUUAACUUCCCCUUAGAGAAGUAGGAGACGCAACUCAGUCGGUUGGAAUGCACGGGGCUGUGUUUUUAUUUGAAUAAGUUGAGCAACGCGCCGUGUUCCCAAACGGAAUUGUAUCUACUGCAACGGCCCCCCCGGCACCGUGAACGACGCGAUGUACAGCGGCCUCUUCGCUGCGCCGCUCGUCGGACGGUGCUCAUCGUGCAGAGCUUUUGAUUCAGAACUCAUUUAUUGCAUCCUCAGUGCAUUUAUUAAAUGAUAAGGGCGGUUAGUUUACCCUGCUUGAGGAGAGGGACACGCGGUGUUUUGGCAGGACGCACACAUUUGCAUUGGCCUUCGAAAUGGUCUAAUGAGGGUAUAUUCCUGAUAACGGCACUUAAGAAAAUUACAGAUGCAUCUCUACCAACGUAAUUUCGCCAGAGGAGAACCUGCAGAGGUGUCUGCACGACGUGGCCGUGUAAUAACGGUGAUGUUUCAGAUCUUGGAUUUUGUCCGCGAUUGGUUACGGUGCCGCCACGGCUGCAGUUUGUGGCUGACGAUGUCAGAGGAUCGUCGAUGAUGUCAGUUCCACGGUGGACUUCGUGUUGAGACUCACCACUUCCUCUCUCUGUGCCCUGCGGUAGCGAAGCGGCCCGCUGCGAGAGAUCCAACAUCCGACUCGUUCCACGGUAGGGGUAACGGCACGCACAAGGUGCGCAGUGGCGCGCGUACGGCACAUAAGCUCCUCGGCCUUGGCUAGACCACGAGCGCAAAAUAACUGAGCACGUGGCCGUGUUAUCGUAUAGAGCCACCGACUCAAAAGAGUUGAGAAAAUGUGGCCAUCCCAAUGGGGGGGCAGUGAAACAGACGGGUUCCCCAUUGGGCUCCCAGGGCCAUAGGCCAGUAGGGAGCACUGGUCUCCAGUUGGAACGGCCACACAUGUUCUACGAGUCGGUGGUUCUAAAGGACAAGGUGGCCACCCGCUCAGUUCUUUUGAGCUGGUGGUCUGGAUAAGGCUGAUAGUUUUUUUGUACAUGCAUUGCUGAACACCUGCGUGUGUUGUUAAGUCUGCACUCACGUUCCUCUUGUAAUGGGGUUUCCCGUCAUAUUUAGAGGCUCUAAUUAAGUUGCGUGGCACACGGCAACUUGAGCUGGGAGGUGGGAGAAGCGUCUCACGUGGCCCUCUACAGUCCCCCCGCAGGGAGUGUCGCUGGCGUUUCAGAGACCGAAUCUGUGCCCGACACUUGCCGUCCGUGAGCACUCCGCUCCUCCGAUCGCGGUGCUCUCGAUGGGCUGACGGACAUGAAGGCCUGCCUCCAGCGAGAGGAAACGCCGCCACUCUCUCCUCUGCGAAAUAGCCGUUCGAAAAUCUGUCUCUCGCUCUCUCUCGCUGUCUCUCACUCUCUCUCUCACGCUGUCUCUCUCUGUCUCUCUCUCUGUCUCUCUCUCUGUCUCUCGCUCUCUCGCUGUCUCUCUCUCUGUCUCUGUCUCUCUCUCUGUCUAUCUCUCUGUCUCUCUCUUACAAUCGGCAAAGAGGGGGAAACUUGUCGGGAGCACACGACGUGUCGCCGCGCUCGCAGCCACGCAUAUGCCGUGCGCUCUUCAACCACGAGCCUUCGGCACGGCGCACGAGGAUGAUGGCGACGGCUCUAAAGUGUGAGGAAUGUUGCGUAAUGAUUGAGCAUGUCUAUGAGAAAUAUUAUUCAACAGCAAUGGAGUAUUUGAAUAAUUGACAAGUGUUUGUAUUCCAUCCGCAUAUUUAAAUAUGUUUUUACCAGCUCUGACCUGCGUACACUUUGCCUAUUGAUCCACUCGAGCUCUUUGAGAAUUUAUAAAAACCCUACGACAU